UGUACGAGGGACGUUGAACGCGACAUUAUUUCCUGUUCAGAGGAUAUCUCGUCAGUGGGAGCCAAAUACAGUUUAAUGUGUUUGAUGUUCAGGCAUUUGCUUGACGUUCUGUUUGAAACUUGUUUCCUGAGCUAUGGUCGCAUAGAAAGCCCUCCGGAAAUGUUUGGGGAAUAUUUCGAUGCGGCUCGACGACUCGGAAAUUCAGCGGGCUCCGCGAGCGAGUGAGAGACAUGGACAACUCCGUCACCCUGUGGCAGUUCCUGCUUCAGCUUCUGUUGGAUUCCAACAAUGAGCAGCUCAUCUGCUGGACCAAUGACGAAGGGGAGUUCAAACUGCUGCAGGCUGAGGAGGUGGCCCGGCUGUGGGGAGCCCGCAAGAACAAGCCCAAUAUGAACUAUGACAAACUGAGCAGGGCACUCAGAUACUACUAUGACAAGAACAUCAUAAAGAAGGUGAACGGUCAGAAGUUUGUCUAUCGCUUCGUGUCCUAUCCUGACAUCCUCAAAGGAGACGUCACUCGAGCAGAGGGCGUGGAUGCGGGCGCAGGGGGUACCACUCCACUAUCGAAGAGGGCAGACGACAUUGUGCAGGAGGCCGAGUCUGGCGACAGAGCCAGGGUGGGAGUUAGCGCAGCAUCUCUGGCCUCCAGCACCAAGCAGUCGAACCGCAAUGACUACAUUCACUCUGGCAUGUACACGUCCUUCACGCUCAACUCGCUGCAAAAUGGGCGGCAGCUCUUCAAGUCUAUCAAAAUAGAGAAUCCAGCAGAGAAGAUGGCUGAGAAGAGGGCUGUCACUGCUGCUUCACAGGGCCAGGAGACGCUGCCUCAAACGCAGCAACCCACUGCUUUGCCCUCGGUCAUCAAGUUCGGGAACACCCCUCAAAAACCAGCACCAGCACUGCCUCCUCAGGUUGCUAUAGAGCCCGGCCUCAUGCCCAGCCCCUUGGAUUCUCUUCAAACUCCUCCCCGCAGGGCUGAAGACAUCAGCACACACUCCUCCCUGCCACCACAGACCAUUUACUCAUUCGAUAACAUCCGCCCAUCAGAACCAACGUUCAGCCUCCCAGAUCUGACCUCAACCAGCCCCUCGCCCAAUCUAGUGCCAGACUCUUCCCAGGAGCUGGUGAUUGACAGCGACAUUGAGUCUGGAUCUUCUCAGCCCACAGACGCUCAGGCACCGGAGCCCACAAAUUCUCAGGCACAGGAGAAGCAGAUGGAGAGCAGCGUUGUCCUGUCUGGAGAUGAGACCAGCAUGUUGGACACUGAAACCAGUUCCUCCUCAGUGAGCAGCAGCACCACAGUCAGCACCCAGAGCUCAGGAAAGGCACGCAAGCCCCCCAAAAUCCUGCAGCUCAGCCCACCAGCUCUGCUCGUCACUGCCUCUGACUUCUCCCCCAUGAAUCUCUGCAGCCCCUCACUGCCUACUGCCUCGCUCACACCAGCAAUGCUUCAGACUCCAACGCUUCUGCUGACUCCAAGCCCGCUUCUCUCCAACAUCCACUUCUGGAGCACGCUCAGUCCGGUCGCUCCACUCAGCCCAGCCACGCGACGCCAGGGAGGCCAUCUGUUCCAAUUUCCGUCGGUCGUCACCCCCCAGUUCCAGAUCCCAGUGCACAGCAUGGACGGGACCAACACACCUGGCCCCAUUUCACCGGACCCUCAGAAAACAUAGGAGUAGCCCGUCUCCUCCUCCCCUCAGUACCAACACAUUUGGACCCAGAAAGCCAGACACCUACCCUUCUCCCGCUCCUACUCCACCUUCUCCACCCACAUCCAGGACGAUGAUGUGAGAGCUGAGUGUUUAUUUCACAUCACUCUGGUGCUUUGAAGUUCUCUGCCACAGGAUUCACACUACGCUCAGGUGUGUGGAGAAGUGUCGGCAGGCCUGCUGUUUGACUGCUUUGCUGUGCUUGUUUAUUUUCAUCUUCACUAUUAUCUUAAUAAUACCAACACACUUAAACCGAGUCUGGCUUUUUUGCGGCUCCUUGUGUCACAAAAGUUGAAAGAAAGUUGUUUUUUGAAACCCCUUUUUUAUGGAAGCAGAUGUGCACGUGGACUGAACCCUCAGCAGCUGCAGUCUUCAUACCUGGACACACGGAGCAGCUGAAUCUUUCCUUUUAUAGACUCAGACCUUCUUUUCUCGUGCUAAAGUGUUCUUGCCAAACACGACACCGGGCCUGCUCACAGUGAUUCUGUUUGGUUUUGUGCUCAGUCCUUAACUUUUCCUCUAGUUUAAAGGAUUUAUUUCAACCUGCAUGUUUACCUGCAGCUCCUCUAUCUUUUAGCCAGGUCUCAACACAAAUUUAAAUGUUAAGCCUUGCCUCAGCUGCUCUGUCUUAUCGUGACAUGUGGCCAUAAUCCAAGCUGAACCAUGAACCUUGCCUCGGUGUAUCAGCUCUAGUGAAUCGUGCGUCUCUAGUAGAAUAGGUCUGAAAUCCAGCAUGAGCUGCUCUGCCUCCGGUUGGUAAAGCUUUCACGUGGGAAUGAAAGAAAGCGAAGCCAUAACUCUUUCUCCAAGCAACGACAAAUCCUUCAUUUGUAAUUCAGGCAUCAUGUUAACGGCUCUUACCAUAAGUGUCUCAAACAAACCAUGUAAGAGAAAAGCCGAGAGAAAAUAGCAUAGCAGCCACUCUACUGCCACUCCAGCAGAAACCGCUAAAGCUCAGUGAUUAAUAUGCAUAACAUUAGUUCAGUAUGGAUGAAAGCUCACCUGUGCCAACACCAGUUUAUCAUUAUCUGAUGUAGUUAUGCAAAAGACAGGUGAUGUGGAGAAGUCUCCAGUACAGCAUUAAAAUGGAUGUUUACAGCCUCUUGUUUCCUAACACUGAGGCUUCAAAAUGUUUAAACCAAAACCAAUUGGCAAUGUCGUGGAGACUGUGUCCAUUUUCUCUGUACAAUUUGUUUAACAUGCAGUAAAAAUGGCAGACAUCAUAUAUACUGGGUUAUUCUGUCAGCUGAGGUGGUGUUUUUAAAGACGUAAUAUCUUUGAGCUGAUGUAUUAGUUGAUCUUUGGUGGGAGCUUUAACCAGAAGGAUUCUUCUCCCAGGAAACAUUCCCAGCAUCUUUUACAGCCUCACUGAUAUCUGAUGUGUUGCUUGGCGUGUCAGUGCUGUUGUUGGUUCCCAGCACU